AUGUUAUUUGAUUCUUUGGAACUUGAUACUUUAUUAUCAAUGGAUAAUAAUCUUAAUGUUAAUAUAUUGAAUAAUAAUAAUAAUAAUAAUCAAGAAUUAGAUGUAGCAUCAAAAAUAAUAGAACCUGGAAUAGAACAACAAAUAGAACAAUAUGGAAUACAACAGAAAGAUGUUAAUAAUAAUAAUAAUAAUAAUCAAGAAUUAGAUAAAGAUGUUAAUAAUAAUAAUAACAAUUAUGAAGAAGAUUUAAAUAAAUUACCAUUCUCUUCUUCUUUGAUAGAAGAAAUAAAUGUAAAAGAUAACAAUAAUGAUAACAACAUAAAUGAUAACAGCAUUAACAAACAAUAA